AUGCAAUGUGUAAGCAUAAGAGACUCAAAUUGUCAUUGCACAGAAGCAAUUGGAAAUAAUAUGUCAGUUUCACAAGUUCCUCCAUCGGAGGAUUGGGUCACUGACGUUGAUUCGGAGAUCCAAAAUGGUAGUAUUCAGAUACCAAUUUGGAGCAAGCGGUCGAUUUACAAGGUACCGGAAGGCUUUGGCGAUCCUAACCGAAAAGAGGCCUACAAGCCUAAGUUGGUGUCCUUUGGGCCCUACCAUUAUGGUGAAUUCCCACUGAAACAGGUAGAAGAGCACAAGCGUAGAGUGCUCAUUCACUUCCUUGGAAGAUCAAACAAAAGCGCUAGUGAUUGUGUGGUUGCUGUGGAGGGAGUGGUGCAACAACUAAUGGACUCCUAUGAUCAGCUGGAAGGGGAAUGGAGAGAUAGAAAGAGAUUUGUGCAGCUGAUGAUCUACGAUGGAUGUUUCAUGAUCGAGAUCUUGAGAAAUGUGGGCGUUAGCGGAAGUGGCUAUUCAGAUGAUGAUCCCAUCUUCAGCAACCAUGCAAGCCUCUGUACUCUGCCUCGCAUAAAAAGAGACAUGCUAAUGAUUGAAAACCAGCUUCCACUUCCGCUGCUUAAGACGUUACUAGCUUUUGAAAGCGGAUCUCCCCAGGAUGACGAAUACAUAAACCAGCUCGUAAUGAAAUUUUUUGACAUCCCCCUGUCAACCUGUAUGAUAGGCCAGAUAGGCCAGCGCCGCCAUGUGUUGGACGUGGUUAGGCAGAGUAUGCUUCAAGAUACAUCGGUGCGGCCGAGCAUAUGUUCACGAAUAUUUACUGGAACCAUGGAUCUAGUCAGAUUGAUGGGGCAGCGCACGUGUCCACAAAUAUUUAACCGAUGCAGCUGGCAAGGAGACGCAUCGACGGGGCAGAGCAUGUGCCAACCACUAUUUGAGCUAUGCAAAAGGCGGCCUCAAAACAAGCAUGAGGUGAUCUGGCCGGCGACACAGCUUCACGAGGCUGGAAUCAGGUUCAAGAAGAUUAAAACCCAAAGCCUCAAAAGCAUCAAGUUCGAUAAGGGCUUCCUCUUUUUACCCGGCACCCUUAGCCUCCCUGUGAUUGAAGUUGAUGAUGCCACUGAGUCCAAAUUUCUUAAUCUAAUGGCAUUUGAGCAACUUCAUGCCGGUACCAGCAGUGAAGUGAGUUCAUAUGUAUCCUUCAUGGACAAUAUUAUCGAUACAGAGAAAGAUGUAAUCCUCCUCAAUAAAAAAAGGAUUAUCAAGAAUUUUGUAGGGACUGAUCAGGCUGUAGCAGACCUCUUCAACGGAAUCGCUUACGAUGUGCCCAUCGAUCCAAAUAGUAGCCUGGGAGAAGUGCAUAAGAAUGUGACUGAUUACUGCAACGGCUGUUGUCGCCAGUCGCUUGCCAACCUCUGGCACACCCACUUCGGUAGCCCAUGGUCUUGCAUUUCCCUCUUUGCUGCAAUUUUCCUCUUAUGCCUCACUGUCACCCAGGCCGUGUACCAAAUCCUUGAUUUCUAUAGGAAGCGCUAA